AAUUAUUUUCUUGCUUAUGUAACUUUCAGUCCUAUUUUAUUUUCAAAUGACUACCUACUAAGAACAUUGUUUAACAAACCAUGUUUACAUUUUUACCGUUGAAUGUGCACACUGAUUAUAUUUAAAUGAGAUUUUACAACUUUUGGGAAACAUAUAGCUGGAGAAGUGUUCGCUGAAAUCUUCCUUCUUUUAUGACUCAAUCGAUAUUUCUAAGUCUGAUCGGAAAUGGUGUUGUAAUUAAUGACUUAUUUUCUAUUAAUGAAGAAAUCGGUUCAUGCUUCGUAGUGUUUCAUAUCAUUCUGUUAUUUUCAACAGAGUUGGUCUGAUCCUGCUACUCUUUGCAAUGUAUCUGGUCAGAACCGUUUGAUCGCUGCAGAAAUAGUUCUUUAAAAAAAAUUCUUUAAUCACAAAACUUCAUCAAAUCAUCCAUCCUUUUAUACUUUGCCGGUCAAAAACUGAGGUCAAUUUACAAUUGCCUCCAACAAAAGAAAUAGUAUUGCUAGUAAAUAUGACCCCACUUCAAAAAAUAAAUCUUCAAAGAUGAUUUCAUGCAAGUAUAAUGUCUGAAGUAUCAUCAACAGUAUAUGCUAAAGUCAAAAAACCAAUUCGUCGUUCAAGGUCUUGUAAAAAUGAAAAAAGGGGAAAAUUUUCCUAUAAUUGCAAUAAGAUCAGUAGCGAAACUAGGAAGGAAUCAGGAACUUCAAAGUCUGUUACCACAUCACCUUGUCGUUCAAUCAACCAGCACAUUUACGGAAGUCAGUUUCAGUCAAGAUGUGAAUGCGAUGAUAUCAGACCUAAUUUUCACAAUACACAUUCCCCUGAACCAAUCUCCUCCAUGUCGACAUUAUGUUCACCAACUCCAUCAGCAUCACCUCCAUGGCUUACGUAUUUCUGUGAUCAUAAACUACUUACAUGCAGAACUUUGGAUGCAUUAAAAUCUCCAUCCUCUUCAUCACCACCAAAAAUAUCCUCUCCCUCCACUAACUCAUCCCAUGGAUUUUUCACAUCAAAUUGCAUAUGUAAAUCGAAUCAAGAAGAUUUCAUUUGCCCUGUAAAAAAUAACAUUCAGUCAGAUUCUGCAAAGGUCAGUGGUACCAGUGUAGGUACUGUUGGUGACAAUAACAACGCCAGCGGAAGCAGAAAUUCAUCCCUUAUGGGAGGUGUGAAAGCGGUAUUCAGUCGUUUUCUUGAAACCAUACGUAUCAAAAAUAACAAUUGUCUGAGUGGCAGCAACAAUCCUAGUAUUAUAAAUAAUUUUGAUAUUAGUAAUAAUAAUAAUGACAUCAAUAUACCCGGAAAUCCAUCAGGAAAGAUGAAUAAACUACAACUACUGUCACUAAAAAAAUCCACUUUCCAGCAGUAUAACCAACAAAUCAAACAAAAACAUUCACCCAACUCACCUUUUGCUUGUACCUCUGUGUUUGAUAGGAUAACUGUUCAGGAUCACGAAAGUGACAGCGAAAAGCGUAAGACAUCUAAUUCAGUCUAUAUGUCGAAGUCAGAUGGGAUCUCGUGGAAUCAAAUUUCCCAUGAAGAAAAUAUUGCAAUUGGAGGCAAACGAAGCAAUGUCCAUGACAAUAUCUUGGAAAAGAAUGAAGCUGAACUCUUAGCUCAAACAAUGUGUGUAACUAUGAUCGGUGAAACUGAAGUCGAAGCCAAAGAAAAGAAACGUAAACAGCCACAUUCUUCACCACGUCCCGCAUCUCAUUUCAAUUGUUGCUAUCAAAUUCAAUCAUGUGGCGAUAAAUUCAACUGUUCGAAUAUAGACAGUCGAUAUCAGUUAAAUAGUCUAAAUAAAAUCUUUACAAAUUCUUCAUAUAAUAUAAACGAAUUCAAGGAUAAUCUAAACACUAAGAACAGUGGUCUAUUCAUUGAUAAAAAUAUAUCCAAUACACCAGAAAUUGAACCAAUUUUUAUAAAGUUGACCAACUCAUCACAGAUAAAUUGUUCACAUAGAGAUUAUUCCCCUACACCAUUUCGUCAUCGAAUACAUCUGAGUCGACCGAAUUCAAGUAUAUCUCCUCCACUUACUUUGAGACAACUAUCAACAGUUCGAAGUAGGUAUGAACAAAGUGAAUAUUGUACGGAGAAUGAAAGUACAAGAAAAUGCUUUGGAUUUUUGAAAAACUCACCAGUCAGUCAGGAUUAUAGUCACCAGUAUUCAGAUGAAUUAUCCAUUACAAAUGAUAAAGCCACAUCCCCCUUUGCAAUUCCUUCACCUGUUGAACGUCCAAGAUUUUAUAGUAGUAAUUUGAUUACACUAAGUCCUACAAAGUACAGUGAUGGCACAAAAUUAAAGUACAUUACAGAACAACUUGUUCUAGCUAAAUCUGUUGUCUGUGAAAACAAAACUAAAGUAAGGUCAUAUUCUUGGUCAAAAUAUCCUAGUGUUAACAAAGAGUCUGAUGAAUCUGGAAGCCCUAGUAACGAGAAGGAUGAGACUGAAUACAAAGAACCUGAAAGUGGAAGACCAUCAGACUGUGAAUUUAACAUCCCAUUUCAUGACAUAAAACUGGUUGAAUGUCUACUGAAAGGCGAACGUAAAGCAAUCUAUAAAGGUUAUUGGCAUGGUGAAGUUGAUGUUCAUAUUUUUGAAAAUCUAAAUCGUGCAGAAAGGCGGGGAUUUUGGCAGGAUGUCACACGAUUAAUGAUGACUAGACAUGAAAAUAUUGCUUUAUUUAUGGGUGUGUGUGUCGAACCACCUAAUUUUGCCAUUGUAACUAGUUCAUGCACAAGUAUUUCUCUAUAUACAAAACUACAUAUAAAACUUGAAAAAUUAUCCCAUUCUACUCGACUUCAUUUGUUACGGCAAAUUGCGCAUGCGAUAACGUAUUUGCACAGUCGAACUCACCCAAUUGUUAUACGUCGAUUGUCCAGUAAGAAUAUCUUCUUAAAACCUAAAAUGAAUCUAUAUCUAACCGAUUAUUCCACCGAGGAUUGUGAUUAUCAAGUACCUGGUUUCAUUCCGGUUCCCGUAGAUGGAAUGAAAUAUAUUGCUCCAGAACUUUUGGUCUCGGUAGAAGAAGAAAUUGUCAAGUUGUGCGGACAAAAUUGUAAAUCUACAGACUAUUUGCGCGGUACCUCAGAGACAGCAGUGCACACAAACAAUGAUGAUCUUAGUACAACUGGUUUUCAUUCAAAUAGAUAUAGACGGCUGACUAAGAAACCUAUUUUAGGCUAUAUUAGGAAAUUAUCCUAUUCUUCAGAAUUGCAGGUGACUGACAAUGAUAUUCGACGUUGUGGAUCAUUCAAAUCAUGGCCUAAUCUGAUGGCGAUAGCUAACAAUCCUCACUCAUUAUCUAAACAAAUCACCAGAAAAUAUGCAUCAUUUUGUAAUCUAUCUAAUUCUUUCCAAACAUUUGAUGAUGCCAUUAAAUUACCAUACAAAUCAGUUAAGUACAUCUCACUUCGCAAAACCAGCUUCAUUAAAACUAUUCGACAAUUUUGUUCAAGUUCAGAAAAACAAAAAGUUGUUGUGAAGACUCUUUACGUUCCAGUAACUGAAUUUACAACAUUUACUGAUGUAUUUGCAUUUGGAACCAUCAUAUUUGAACUGAAUACCCGAUGUUUUCCAUUUGAAGACCUCGAUGUAUGCGAGUACAUUCAACGUCUGCGAGCUGGUCAAAGAGAUGAUGGUAGUGCAUACUGUAUACCAAAUUAUCUAAAAAUUCUGAUGCUUAACUGUUGGUCGGGUAAUCCAACAAGAAGACCGCCGAUGAGUCUUAGUACGGAGGAAUUAAUAAAGAGCCAUAUCGUAUACAAACGGCAGAACUCUGACCCAGUUCCCAAAAGGUCUAUAAGAUACCCUAUUAAUGGAUUUUGAACCAUCCAAAAUAUAAUAACGAGGAUUAUACUUGGAAGAAUAAAAACGAUACUUAUUAUCCGAAAUAGGAACAACUGAUUUUAUGCCUUCGUUUUUAUUUAUCUUAUUUUUAAAUAUAUAGCUAUAAAACGUA